AUGGACAGCUGGGUGGUAUCUGAACAGGUUGAAUACUCACUUCCAGAGGAAACAGAAAAAUAUUCCUUUGUGGGGAACCUUGCUAAAGAUUUAGGGUUAGAUGUUGAUCUGCUGUCAAAACACAAGCUUGCUAUCUCUUCAGAAAAACAGUAUUUUAUUCUGGGAACAAAUAAUGAACUAUAUGUGAAUGACAGAAUAGACCCGGAAAAGAUUUGUGGAAAAUUACCUACUUGCAUCUUCAAACUGGAGGUUGUGGCACAUAAUCCUUUAAAUAUUUUCCACAUAAAAGUUUUCAUACUAGAUAUUAAUGAUAAUGCCCCACAGUUCAAAGAAAAAGAUAUAAAACUGGAAGUGAGUGAGUCUCAUUUGCCAGGAGCUCGAUUUGCCCUGGGAAAUGCUGAAGACAAGGACAUUGGAAUCAACGCCCUUCAAGAUUAUCAUUUGAGCUCAACCCCGUAUUUCAAGCUAGAAGUUCAAGAGAGCAAAGAUGGCAGAAAAUAUGCAGAAUUAAUUUUGCAAAAGCCAUUGGACAGGGAGAAAGAGCACACACACCACUUGAUUCUUACAGCUUCAGAUGGAGGACGUCCAGUGAAAACUGGGACUCUUAAUAUAGAAGUCAAUGUUAUUGAUAUAAAUGACAAUCCACCAGUCUUCUCCCAGGCAACUUACAAAACAAGUCUGAAAGAGAAUACACCAAGAGGGACUUCUGUGCUUCAAGUGAAAGCAUCUGAUAGUGAUGAAGGGUCAAAUGCUGAGAUAUCUUAUAUUUUCUGGGAAAAUCCAGAAAAUGUGAAUCAGAAUUUUAUUUUGGAUCCCAUCGAUGGAACACUUUCACUUAAGGAAAGUAUUGAUUUUGAAGACAGAGGAAGCUAUAUGAUGAUAAUACGGGCAAGUGAUGGAGGUGGACUAGUUGCAGAUUGCAGUGUAGAGACUGAGGUUCUUGAUGAGAAUGACAAUGCUCCAGAAGUAAUUAUUACAUCUCUAUCCAGCCCCAUUCUUGAAGAUAUUUUACCUGGUGCAGUGAUUGCCCUCAUUAAAGUCAAUGACAGAGAUUCUGGACUUAAUGGGAAAGUCACCUGCUACCUAAGGGAAACUGUACCUUUCCAGGUGGUCUCAUCAUCAGAUAACUACUUCAAACUCCUCAUAGAUGGCCCCCUUGACAGAGAAAAAACACCAGUGUAUAACUUAACAAUUACAGCCACAGACCAAGGCAUACCUCCUCAUUCUACAGAUAAAGCCAUCUCAGUACCAAUUUCAGAUAUCAAUGAUAACCCUCCAGCAUUUGAAAAACCUUCCUAUGUUGCCUAUGUUCCUGAGAACAACCCAUCCGGAAUGUCUAUUUUCCAGGUUAAGGCUUUUGACCCCGAUCUGGAUCGUAAUGCUCAAAUCACCUACUCCAUUCUUAACAGCAACGUCAAGGACCUGCCUCUCUCCUCCUAUGUUUCCAUUAACUCUGAGACUGGAACUCUCUACGCUCAACGAUCUUUUGACUAUGAGCAGCUCAGAGACUUCCAGCUGCAAGUGCAAGCCCAGGAUGAAGGCUCUCCAUCUCUCAACAGCAGCGUCACAGUCAAAGUGGAAAUUACUGACAUAAAUGACAAUGCUCCCCAUUUCCCUCUAUGGGAACAAGAGUUGGAAGUCAGUGAGGCAUCUACACCUGGAUUCCGGGUCCCUCUUUCUGAAGCUCAAGAUCCAGAUCUGGGAACAAAUUCUAUACAGAGCUAUCAACUCAGAGGCAGCAGCCAUUUUUCUCUGGAUACACAAAUAGGAAAAAAUGGCUUCAGACAUACUGAACUGAUACUGGAAAAAUUUCUAGACAGAGAGGAACAAGCUGUUUAUAAUCUAAUCCUUACAGCUAGUGAUGGAGGAGAUCCUAUCCGAACUGGCACUGCAGAAAUCAAAGUCAUUGUUUUAGAUGCAAAUGACAAUGCACCUGUUUUCAGCCAACCAAUCUAUGAAGUGAAUGUCAAAGAGAAUAUUCCUAAAGGAUCUAUUAUUGCUACUGUACAUGCCACUGAUCUUGAUGAAGGGCUUAAUGGAGAGGUGAAAUACUUCCUGAAAAGGACUACAAAACUAGAUAUUCCCAUAGUUCACCUUAAUUCCACAACGGGGGAAAUUACACUCAUUGGGAAUCUUGAUUAUGAAGAAUCAACUUUCUAUGAAUUUGAAGUACAAGCCAAAGAUUGGGGAGGUUUUACUGAUAGAUCAAUGGUUGUUAUCUUCAUUACAGAUUUGAAUGAUAAUGCACCUGAACUAGCAAUUACGUUUGUCACCGAUUCUGUAGUUGAAAGUUCACCACCCGGAACUGUUAUUGCCAUUUUAAAUGUACGAGAUAGAGAUUCUGGAGUCAAUGGUGAAAUCACAAUCUCCAUUCCAGACAACCUCCCUUUCCAAUUAAAUAAGUCCUCCGAUGGGUUUUAUAGUUUGAUGACAGAUAACACCCUAGACAGAGAACAGAUACCAGCUUUUAAUAUAACUAUAAUGGUUACUGACCAUGGAAUACCUCCUCUCUCAACAGCCACAGUAAUUGAACUAUACAUCUUAGACACAAAUGACAACCCUCCAUUGUUUGAGAAAUCAAUUUAUCCUUUCUAUGUCAUAGAGAAUAACCAAAUGGGUGCUUUGAUAUGUUCCUUAAAAGCAAAUGAUCCAGACUGGAAAAAGAAUGCAGUAAUAAGGUAUUCUAUCACUGGAAACCAGACAACCGAAUCAUAUCUCUCAUCUUAUGUCUCCAUUAAUUCUGAGACAGGAGCUAUCUAUGCAUUAGCCUCAUAUGAUUAUGAAAAUUUUAAGAAGAUUCAGUUUCAAGUUAAGGCUCAGGAUGGUGGAUCCCCAUCACUCAGUUCCAGUGUUUCUGUUAUUAUUUACAUCUUGGACCAGAAUGACAAUGUGCCAGAGAUCCUGUACCCCUCUCCUCCUGUUGAUGGCUCCACUGGAAUAGAACUGGCCCCUCGCUCUUCUGAGCCAGGUCACCUGAUCACUAAAGUAGUGGCAGUAGAUGCAGAUUCUGGCCAGAAUUCCUGGCUCUCCUAUCAGCUGAUCAGAGCAACAGAACCAGGGCUCUUCACCAUGGGACUCCACACGGGUGAGAUCAGGACUGCUCGGCUUUUUCUGGAGAAAGAUGCCCUGAAGCAAAUCCUGGUGGUUUUAGUGAAGGACAACGGCCAACCACCUCUCUCUGCCUCCAUCACUCUCACAGUAGUUCUGGCUGACAGCUUUCCUGAAAUCCUCUCAGAUCUGAGCAACAUCUCAGCUCCUGUAGAUCCUCAAACAGAUCUCACUUUUUACUUAGGGACUGUUGUGGCUUUUGUCUCCUGUUUAUUCUUUACCUUUCUCCUUGUGCUACUGGCAAUUAGGGUAUAUAGAUGGAGAAAAUCAAAGGUAGAAUCUGAGAAGAUAAAUUUCAGUGAUGUACCUGCAUCACAAUUUGUAGGCAUCAACGGAGUUCAAGCAUUUCUUCAUUCUUACUGCCAUGAUAUUUCUCUGACUGCAGAUUCUAAGAGAAAUCACUUUAAUAUUUCCACAGCAAAUGAUUCAGAUACUCUGUAUAUUAAAGAAGGUUGUAGUGCAAAGAAUCCAAAUGUAUCUCAUGAAGAUUUAAAUUUAAAUAAUGAUGAUCUAAUAGCGAUUCAGGGAUACCUCAGGGGAUUAGCUCUUUACUUCAAUUGUAUACGUUCAGCAGCAAAACCAUUUUUAAAAGAUAUCUCUCAAAAAGUGAGCAUCAGGUCCGUGUGA